CAACCACGGUUCGUCUUCCCCGCUCCCCCCUCCCCCACGAUGUCAUACUCCACUAAAGCUGUGAUAUAAAUCGCCUCCGCCCUCAUCCUUAUUCCAUAUCUAUUCUUACCUCAUCUGAAACGAUCUAGCAAUAUCAUCUUCCAAAGAAUCAAAAGAAGAAACUGGACACAAUGACCAGCGAACGCAGACCCUCCGGCGCAUACCACCUCACCGGCUCACAGCUCGUCGAAAAAGUCGAUGACCUCAGCUCUGGAGGCGGAUGGGAAGAACUGAACCGUCGGGCUCAUCACGCUGAUACGGGUGAUUCGCAGCAGCAGUCGCAGCAGCAGCAGUCGGGGUCUAAGGCGGCUCCUGACAGGUCGCAGUCUUUUAGGCCGUAUAAUCCUAGUAAAGACCAAAGCGACGACCUGCUGCCGGAUGAGUAGUGGCACUAGUAGAUGUAGUAGAUUGUCUGCGGUGGUGAUUACGGCCGUGGUGGGGGUUUAUUGUUGUUUGUAUCCGAGUUUGAUGUAUGCGAGGGAUUUGAUGAAGUGGGUUACUUGUUGUAAAAUUUGAUGCAAAUAUCGUAUAGUCGGGUAAUUGUGGGAAGGGGAAGUAUUUAAGUUUAUUAUAAUUAUGAUAGGAAAUAAUGACUCUCGUUUGGAUGAAGAUUUAGUUGAAUUAUUGG